AUGGAUGCGCUUCUGAAGCCGUUGCUGAAGCGCAUGAAGGAUCGCAGGGGAGCCCCAUGGCGAUUGCACCAAAAAAACACCCCAAGAAGUGGCCCAACAAGUGACCGCAGCGAGAAGUGCCGCGAGUGCGCCGUGAAGAUCCUGCGGAGCCUGGUGGAGAACACCUCGGAUCUCAGCGCGGCGCUGCCCUACAUUUUCCCCUCUUUAGUUGGCAGAUUGGGCUCUGAGGACCUGGACGGCGUGGCGCACCUCCCCGAGAUCAUGCGCCCGGACCCGGAGCAGAAGCCCACGGAGAUCGCGCAGCCCGUGGAGGAGAGCGAAGAGGUGCGUCUGCAGCUGGGGCACUUCGUCGCUGCGCUGCUGCUGCGCUGUUCGCCCACGCAGAUCUACGCCUACAUCGACGAGGCCACUGGGCUGAUCCGGGCCCAGGCCAUGGAUCCCUUCCACGAGGUGAAGGCUUUGGCGUGUGAGACCAUGAUUUCCUUCUGUUACAACCACACGGAGAUGUUGCUGCACUUUGCCUUGCCGUUGGCCAGAUCGCUCACGUCCAGCCUGACGCACAACCACGCGAAGAUUCGCAUCGCGGCGCUGCGGGCGGUGACGGCGUGUCUCUGGUGCGGAGCGCCUCGGCGUCGGCAACGCCGGCAACGCGUCGGGAUGGUGGGGGAAGGAUGGUAA